AUGUCGAAACCAGAGUUCACGCAGAGAAUUACGAUAUAUCCUUCGAUUGAACCCGAGCAAUUCAAAUAUUCGUUAACCGGCAAGGUGGCACUUGUGACGGGAAGCGGCAGGGGUAUUGGAAAGCAUAUCGCAUAUGCUCUUGCAAGAUCAGGGGCUUCUGUCGCAAUAACAGGAAGGACUCAGUAUCAAGUCAAUGAGACUACGCAAGAGCUUGCGAAAUCCUUCCCGAAUGUGAAAGUAAUUAGGUUCAUUGGAGAUGUUUGCAAACGAUCUGACCUAGAGCGCUUAGUUGAACAGGUCACAACCAAACUCGGCCCUAUCGAUAUCCUAAUAAAUAAUGCCGGAACAAAUACAUUCAUGCCUUUUCAUAUAACAGACGCAGACGAAUGGUGGAAACAAAUGGAAAUCAACGUUAAAGCACCAACAGAAUUAACAAGAAUCGUUCUCCCAUCGAUGCAAAAACGCAAUUCCGGUACGAUAAUUUUCACAAGUUCUCGAGCAGCAGGUGCAGACUUGCCAUGGGCAUCAGGAUACUCGUGUGCGAAGACAUCCAUCACAAGAUUCGCUGGUGUUCUGCAAACAGAAUUGAAUAUGUUGCAGAAGGAUACUUUUGGGUUUCAGGAGAAUGGUAUCUCGGUAUUUUCAAUACAUCCUGGUGAGAUCAAAACGGGGUUGCAUCAGACCGCUUAUCCAGAGAAAACGAAAGUAGAGGCACCAUAUGUGAUUGAAAUGAUGGCCAAAUUACACAAAUCCCAUCCAGAGUUCAGCAUUGACUUGCCAGCUUGGACUUGUGUCUUUUUGGCUGCUGGAAAGGGAUUUGCUUUGAGAGGUCGUCUGGUAGAUUGUACAAGAGAUCUGGAAGAGGUAACUAAUUUUGUAAACUCUUCACCUAAGUCAAAAAUCACAAAUGCUUGUGGUUGA